AUGGCACCCCAAGGCCCCUACAAGCUCGUCACCGUCAACAACGCCCCCGAGCGCGCCCAGCGCCUCAUCGGCCGCGUCGUCGCCGACGUCAAGGACAAAUACACCAUCAUCCACGCCGCCAACUGCGAGGACAUCUCCCCCGAAGCCGUCAGCGCCAUCGUGAAGGAUGUCCAGCCUGAUCUUCUCUUCACUGCCUCAAUGUGGACGCCCGAGCAAAGCGAUGCCGCUCAUGCGGCCGCCCGCUCUGCCGCCCCAGGGAUCCGCACCUUUGCGCUGCCGCAAGGUCUGCAAGUCGAGCGGGGCCCCGACGCCGUAGUCGACUUCAUCAAGGAGCAUUUGCCAGGGCUAUUGGAGGGAGCGGAGGCGGACGGCCCCCGGGGCUAAGGCUGACUGUACUGAGUCCCGUGUACGCGUGUCAGGCUGGACAAGUUGACUGGAUCGACACAGACGGCGACGAUGAGACAGAUUAACAAUGGAUUGACAAUGGGCGGGGCUGGAGUGGACCCCGAGGACCCCGACCCCGACCCCGACCCCGACCCUCCCCGGCUUAGCAUCGCAAUUAUACCUCUGUAUGGAUACGACGCAAUGUCGUAACUGGCAAAUGAUACAGUGGUGAUUCGCAGCUCCCCUGCCGCCCCUGAAUUGAUCCACGCAAAGGGGCCAGGUUGAUCGCCGACGCUCGAUUAGGGUGAACAAGACUCUAGAUUCCCACAACUC